AACGGACGGUUACGAUGGGACGGAGCUCGCGCAUGCGCUCCGGACGACAGCUGCUUCGCGUGCACUCGACCAGGCCCGGGACUGAGCCAGCUCGAUACGACCGAGGUAGGCCCACACGCGUGCGAACCAGUGCCGGAACGUACCUACUGCGGUAUGCGCGCGUAACGUCCUCGUCACUUGUGCGGUAAUUACAUUUUCGCUUUAAUUUUGUUUCGUUCGUUUUAAAAAAUUGAAUUUCAACGAUACCCAUUGCUGUUGUUAGGCAACACAACACCUCUGUCGUAAUUGAUGUUAUUAUUUGCUUGAUAUUCAUUCCAUCGUUAACAAAAUGCAAGACGUAAAAAAACGAUACAUAUGGUCGGACAGGGAGACGGAACACUUUAUAAGACUGAUCAUCGACAUGGGCAUGACCAACAUGUUGGACAGCAAAAGAAAAAGAAAUUCAGAUCUUUAUACCAGUCUGGUCGAGCCAAUGUCAGCAGCUGGUUUUACCAGAGAUGCGGCUCAACUUAGAACUAAAUGGAAACAUUUGAAGCAAGAUUACAAAGUUGAAUUAGUCAGGAUUGAAAAAAAUGGAGCAGCGAGUUCAAGAAUGUCUUAUUUUCAUUUACUUCAUGAAGUUCUAGGUUGUAAACCCAGCAAUACUAUGACAUAUUUAUGUGAAGUUAUUUCAAAUUCUCCUCCUCAUAAUGACUCAGUUGAAGUCAUUAAGAGUGAAGUUAUGGAUGACAUGAAAAUGGAGACCGACUACUUUAGAAUAGCCGAGCCUCAAGUUGAUAUUAUUCAAACGUGUGAUGUGCAUACCCAAACGGACAGCUCUGCAGAACAACUAAUGUACCAAAAAUUACAGUCAUUAGAAAACCAAAUUAAAGACUUAAAAGAAGACUGGCGUAGAGAACGAACUAAACAAAAUAAACUUAUGGAAAAACAAAUGCGCGAUAUGUUAGAAAAUCAAAAAACUUUGAUGGAUGCUUUUUUCACCCAAACCACUUCGUUGUUAAAUUCUGUAAAACAUGACCAAGAUGAUGAAUGAUGAGCUAAAGUUUUGUCUUUUGUUUUAGUUAUUAUUUUUAUUUUUACGUUUAAACUUUAAUAUAUUAAAUGACUAUAAAUUAACACCAUGUACC